AUGGAGCUGGCUCAGCAGCUGCAGCCACGCUUCCAGGUGGUGCUGGCAUGCUUCCUGGCCACCCUGACGGCGUAUGUGGAGCGCGUGGGCUUCUCCAUUGCCUUCACAGCGAUGGCAGAGGAGGCGGGCGUGGGUGAGGGCGUGAAGGGCACAGUGCUGUCGGCGUUCUACUGGGGCUACGGCAUCUCGCAGGCAAGACACCCUGCACCUGCGCAGCUGUGCCUCAUCCCCGGCGGCUGGGCGGCGCAGCGGUUUGGCGGCGAGCGAGUGCUGACCGCCUCCUUUGCGCUCUGGUCCCUGGCCUCACUGCUGACCCCCGGCUCAGCCGCCAACACCCGCGCCGUGGCGGCGGCCCGCAUCUGCGUGGGCCUCGCGCAGGGCUUCCUCAUCCCUGCCGUGCACACCGUGCUGGCGGCGUGGGUCCCCCCCACCGAGCGCGCCCGCGCCGUCAGCCUCACCACCAGCGGCAUGUACCUUGGCUCCGCCGCCGCCAUGCUGGUGCUGCCCAGCCUGGGCGCCCGGCUGGGCCCAGCCGCCCUGCUGCGCCUGGUGGGCUGCCUGGGGCUGGGCUGGCUGGCGCUGUGGCGGGCCACGCUGGCGCGGGUGCGGCGGCAGGCGGCCGCCGCCUCCAUGCCCCUGCACGACGUCGACGUGGAGAGCAGCGGCAAGGGGCACAGCAAGAAGGGGCGGCCCGGCAGCACGCCCUGGCGCAGCAUGCUGGCGCACCCGGCAGUGUGGGCCAUCGUGGUCAACAACUUCACCUUCCACUACGCCUUCUACGUAGUCAUGAACUGGCUGCCCACAUACUUUGACAAGGUGCUGCACGCCAGCCUGUCCAGCCUGGGCCUAGCCAAGACGCUGCCCUACCUGGUCAUGUUUGCCGCCAGCAACGCGGGCGGGUGGGCGGGGGACUGGGUCAUCAACGUGCGGCGGCGCAGCGUGGCGGCGGGGCGCAAGCUGGUCAACACCGCAGGCUUCUGGAGCGCGGCGGCGGCGCUGAUGCUGAUGCCGGGCGCUCGCUCCGUGGCCUCGGGCGUGGCCUUCACCACGCUGGCGCUGGGCUGCUGCGGCUUCUCGCGGGGCGGCUUCAGCGUGAACCAUAUGGACAUAGCGCCUCGCUACGCGGGGGUCGUCAUGGGCAUCAGCAACACGGCGGGCACGCUGUCGGGCGUGGUGGGCGUGGCCACCACCGGCUACCUGCUGCAGUGGGCGGGCGGGGCGGACCGCCCCGCGGGCUGGUACCAGGCGUUUGCGGUGGCGGCGGUGCAGUGCGUGGCGGGCAGCCUCGUCUUCCUGGCGGCGGCCCGGGGCGACCGGCUGUUUGGCGGCGAUGCCGCAGACUUCCAAUAG